UUUGGAAUCGAACGGCCAACUAAGAGACUUUGGGUGUGGCGGAUUUGGAAGUCUCGGUCGGUCCUUUGACUAGGUAUAAAAGCGGGUCUCCACUAGCUAACAACAUCAUUCGAUCAGCACCGAUCAAACCAAUCGCAAUGGCAUACAAGUUCGUAAUCCUCGCCGCCUUCGUGGCUGCCGUCAACGCAGGAGUCAUCGCCCCUGGCUACCACGCCGCCCCUGCUGUAGCUUACGCUAACGCUGUUGAUGCCGAUUACGACCCCAACCCUCAGUACAGCUACUCCUACGAUGUCCAUGACACCAUCACCGGUGACACCAAGAGCCAGCAGGAGACCCGCAACGGUGACGUCGUCGAGGGUAGCUACUCCCUCAUCGAGUCCGACGGAACCCGUCGUGUUGUUCACUACACCGCUGAUCCCCACAACGGAUUCAACGCCGUUGUUCAGAAGGAACCCGCUCAGGUCGCCAUCAAGGCUGCCCCUGUCGUCGCCAAGUACGCUGCACCCGCACCUCUUGCCUACCAUGCCGCCCCUGUGGCUCACGCCCCACUUGCUUAUGCUGCCUACUUAGACAUGCAUUACGUAGCUGUAGCACGUGCUAAGCAGGAACGCGGAGUUUUCAUAGUCAACGAGCCAUGGCGAGAGGAACGUGAGAAAAACAGCACUAGACACCACAUGGCUCAUUACUCUUGUGAUCUCGUGAUCAUCUGCUACUGUCAGAACAAGUAUGGCGAAUGGGAUAAGAAAAAGGAGAGAGAUGAGAUGCGAGAGAACGUAGCGAUAGUGAUGACGCUUUUGAUGGCUGGUUGGAUGACAAUAAAUGACAGUGACGCUGCAGCUGUCAUUCCUGUGCAUGGUGCACCGGUGGCUUAUGCUGGAGGACCAGUACCUGUCCUAGCAAAGGCCGUCGAUGAAUACGACCCUCAUCCACAGUAUAGCUACGGCUACGACGUCCAAGAUUCUUUGACAGGAGAUGCCAAGAGUCAGUACGAAACCAGAAACGGGGAUGUAGUAAGCGGACGUUACUCACUGAUCGAAGCAGACGGAACUCGUCGUGUCGUAGAAUACACAGCAGAUCCUAUUAAUGGAUUCAAUGCAGUUGUACACAGAGAGCCAGCGAUUGUAAAGGCUGUACCAGCCGUAGCUAAACUUGCCGCGCCAGUUCAGCCUCUUCUAGCUUAUCACCAUUGACCAAAUAUGCUAAAUCAUUACUGUCAUUCUCCGCGCCUAGUCAUACGACGUAGCCAGCCAGUUCAUUUACAUCUAUGCAUCCAAUAUUCGAAAUGGACUGUAUUUUUACACAUGUAAAAAUAAAUUUAUAUUUUUAUCAA